AUGGGAAUUUUAGCACGUCGUAGAAAUCAUAAAUCAUCCACAGAAAAAUCUAAAUUAAGAGGGGCUGGAGAAGGAGGGUAUAUUGCGGAAUUUAUUACUCUUGUUCUUAAACAUCUUUUACCUGAUUUAGUUAAAAAUAACAUUAAAGUUAUUACAAACGCAGGAGGAUUAGAUCAUUUAGCAUGUAAACAAGCGAUAGAAAAUACCAUUAAAGAAAGUGGAAUAGAAGAUGGUAAAUUAAUUGUAGCUGCAAUAACAGGAGAUGAUAUAUUAAAUUAUAAUGAAGAAUUUAAACAAAAAGGAGAGGUAUAUGAAUUUACACAUAUAAUUGGGAAUGAUCAAGAUUUGGACGAUUUUCCAAGUGAAAAAAAAGAAUUUAUUGCACUUAAUGCAUACCUUGGAGCUAUACCCAUAGCAAUGGCACUUGAUUCCGGUGCGAAUAUUGUGAUUACGGGUAGAUGUGUGGAUAGUGCUUUAGUUCUUGGACCAUUAAUACAUGUAUUUAAGUGGGAUCCACAUAAAGAUUGGGAUAAACUUGCAUCAGGAUCAUUAGCUG